AUGACACCCGUCCCAGAGCAUGAAACCCGUGGCAACGAGCUUGGAUCUCAGAGCAUGAAACCCAUGGCAGCAAGCAUGAUACCCAGCACGAGAAACACCUGGCAAUUAGCAGCCCAGGCUCAGAGUCCUGGGGAUGAUUAUGAGCUUCACCCAAACUCGGCUGCCACAGGAAAUAUAUUUGUGGUAAGCCUUGCUGUGGCAGAUUUGGUGGUGGCCAUAUACCCAUAUCCCGUGGUACUGACAUCAAUAUUUAGAAAAGGAUGGAAUCUUGGAUACCUCCACUGCCAAAUUAGUGGAUUCUUGAUGGGAAUCAGCGUUAUAGGAUCUAUAUUCAACAUUGCUGGAGUUGCAAUCAACCGCUAUUGUUACAUUUGUCAUAGCCUCAAAUAUGACAAGUUGUACAGUGACAAAAAUUCAUUGUUUUAUGUGAUUCUUAUUUGGGUGCUAACAUUUGUUGCCAUUGUGCCAAAUUUAUUUGUUGGAUCAUUACAAUAUGAUGCUCGGAUCUACUCGUGUACAUUUACACAGUCGGUGAGCUCAGCAUACACAAUCGCAGUGGUAUUUUUCCAUUUUAUUCUCCCAAUCACUAUAGUAACUUUUUGCUACUUACGCAUAUGGAUCUUGGUUAUUCAAGUGAGACGUAGGGUAAAGCCAGAUAACAAACCCAAACUGAAGCCCCAUGAUUUCAGGAACUUUUUGACAAUGUUUGUGGUUUUUGUGUUGUUUGCUGUCUGCUGGGCUCCUUUGAACUUCAUAGGUCUGGCUGUUGCAGUGAAUCCAAACACAAUUCUACCCAGAAUCCCAGAAUGGUUGUUUGUUGGUAGUUACUACAUGGCAUAUUUCAAUAGUUGCCUUAAUGCUAUUAUAUAUGGUCUCUUGAACCAAAAUUUCAGAAGGGAAUACAAAAGGAUUGUUAUUUCUAUCUGUACUGCUAAGAUAUUCUCUCAAGAAAGUUCCAAUGAUGGAGUAGAGAAGAUCAAAAGCAAACCGUCACCAAUGUUGACAAACAAUAAUCAAGUUAAGGUUGAAACAGUAUAAAACUGGAUCAUGUUAGCAUACGUAUAUAUUUUCUUAAAUGGGAAAUCUGCCCAAACAUUAUUUUUAAGUCAGAUGUGUGAAUAUUACCUUGUACCCUACCACUUUCAACUAUGUACAAUGUUCUUCAUUAUACCACGGCUUACUGGUAUUCUCAUGGCUAGUAACAGGACCCAGCAACUGAGCUGACUGUCUCUGAAUAAAGAUUAGAAUUGUCUAUGCCUGACCACUUACACUGAUUGAUGCUUCCUUCUGUGAGACCUCUUACUGAACAGACAAUCUCAAGGCACUGGAAAAAGGAUUUUUGGGCUUGUUCUGUGAGGAGUGCAGCCUACAGAGUAACUGGAAAUACAAUCCUCCCAGCCAUAAAUAUCAAAAAGUAGCAGGUGACAGAUACUGUGUCCAUUAUAUAAAGUACAGAUCCCUAGAAAAUGUAUUUUCCAAUGACAAAUUUGAAUGAAAUGUAGAAAUAAAACACAUACACCAAUAGGUAUGUGUUAAAGGAUAUUUAGUAAAAUACUUUUCUGAAUGGAAUUCUCCUUUAAUACAUAUAUUUUUAUGAUGCUAAAGUUACCGUUAAACCUGUUAUUGGCAUUUAUUGGCCAUAAACUCAUGUCAUAUGUCAUACUGCAAUAAAAUACCUCUAAUGAAGAGAUUCAGGGCACAUUAGUAGAUGUAUGUAACUUUAAUUUCCACAUUAUACUUCUACUUAGCAAUCAGCCCAACGUUUGGUCUUGUACAAAUAGGAAAACAUUCUGUCAGAUUGGCUUCAUUCCCUUUUAUGUCCAGAUUUACAUACUGUAUAUUUAGCAUACAAGCACAUGGACACAGAUGUACAGUACCUUGUAUGAAGUUAUAAACAUAAAUGCUUCAAUAUAAUUGAUUGACCAUUCACUCUUCCAAUAGAACUGUUGUAAUUUGGGUCGCAUUGGCAAAUGCACUUAAAUUGCCAUUAUUAAUGUGUCAGCGACAAGGGCAAUAUCUCUGUGUGUGUGUGUGGAUGUGUGUGUGUGCGUGUGUGUGCGUGUGUGUGUGUGUGUGUGUGUGUGUGUGUGUGUGUGUGAUAGAGAGAGUGAAUGUUUCUUUCACGUGAACUGCCCGUCUAUAUCAAACCAGUGGAAUGUACUGAGCUAAUUGCUGGUCAUGUGAAGCCAUGAACAUUCACAAUAAAUGUAUUUUAGCCAAAGUGAAACAUCUAAUUAUCUUAUCUAUUCUGCACUUGACACACAUAAACGUAUCUGGGACAUUUUUACCGAGCACCGAGUGAUCUUUUUUUUUUAAUUGUGAAAUCGUGAACAUUUAAGAUAGAAAUAAAACAGUAUAAAUAAUAAUAAAUUAACAUCUUAAAACGACAUCAUUAUUUUGUGAACUAAAGAAUAUCUGAUUGUUGAAAUCUAUUGACUGUAUAUAUUAUUUCUUCUCCACAGAGGCCUAACCACUGCUUAUAAACUUUACAGACUUUGCACUUUAUCUGCUUGGAUAUGUUUUACAAAAAUACUUGAACAGGAAUAAGAUUUUGGCAGCUAUGGUAUGCGGUUACACCAUCUACAAUACGCUGUAGGUGCCUGAGGAAGUAUAGACUUUUCAUAGUGAUUUUAAAUAAUUUAGAAUGCAUGCCAAUACAUUGCCAAGGAUCGUAAUAAUAUUUGUUUACAAUUACCUUUAACAAUCUGACAUAUAUACUGUGUAAAUGUCAUUAUAGCAUUUUGAACAAGAAGGACAGGUUUGCUUUGUCUUUACAAAUGUGUUUUGUCCUUAUCUGUGGUGUAAUAGAUUUGAUCUUUAUUUUGGAAAUGAAAGAUGGAUUUCCCACUGUUGGAAUUAGUGAUGGCUAGAGAUGAGAGAACAUUUCAAAACACUUCCACUAAAUAGUCACUUCAUUUGCUAUGAAAGUUGACUUUUUUCCAGUCCUCACCCAACCACAUCUUACCGCAUAUACACUAUACAAUAUAUACUGUAGUUUGUACAGCCGAUGAAUGAUAUAUCGUAAGUGCAUUGUCAUGUGUGUAUGCAUGAUAUAUCUGUGAGCAUCGUUGUUCACAGACGUAUCUCAUCUGUCCUGCGGCACACCAGAUGACAAUAUAUCGGUACAUCUGGCUGUGUUUGCAGGUGGCCGACAAACCUGUUAUGCCGGCCACAGGAACCACCAACAAUGACAUCACAACUGGUCUGGAAAAUUUAAAUGUCCACCUGGUUGUUAUGUCUGGACAGACAUAUCAUAUGGCCAAUUGGUAAGUGUGUAUGCUUAAUAAAUUGGUAAGCUGGUCAGCAGGUUGGUCAGGUGGCCGGUAGGUUGGUCAGGUGUGUACCCAGCCUUAAACUAUAAAUUCAAUAAAAUGCAAAUUUACACCUACAGUAUGGAAACCACAGUAUAGCAAAGAAAAAGAAGAUUUUAAAGACUGUUUUAGAACUUUGCACCUCUGUACCAACACAGAAUAUUUUUGUGAAAAUUUUUACACAAAUUCACUCAUCUCUAGCUCUAAAAUGGUCAAUGGUUUAAUUUGUGUCUAUUUGCCUUAUUUGAAAUAAAUUAAAUGAAUCAUUUUAUUUUGAUGUUUCUUUGACUAAGUGUAUUAAGAUUUUGGCAGGUUUGUAGCCUGGAAAAUCAUUU